AUGCCCGUACCUCGCUCUCCAAACACCCUCUCUCCGCCUUCAUUCCUCACAGCAGGUGCAACAUUGACCUCCGCUGCGACUCCGACGCCUCUCCAAACCCUCGUGCUCAAUCUCCGGGCCCAGGAGUCGGAGAACAUGACUGAGUGCGCCGACCUCGCAGACGAGUCCGCGCUCAUCCGGGAAAUUCAAACUCGCGUGGACCAUCUCGCAAGCACCAGUCUAUCUCCGCACGAUGGACCCAUCGCACAAGCCCUCGUCUCCCUCAUCGCCCAGUUCAACCGUCUCGCCGAGCUGCACCCGCCCUCUACCCGAUCCUCCGCCCUCCCCCGCACGAUGUCCUGGGGCACGAGCCCCACGGAGACGGCGCCCCCCGCGUCGCACCCCCUGGCGCAACUGCAGCGGCAGAUGACGGACCUCCAGCUCGAGCGGGAGGCCCGCGGUUCAGAUGACGGGCAAUCGUCGCGACCACCCGUACAAGCCGUCGAAACCGCGCUUCUGUGGACACGCGUGGACCGGGACUUCGACCGCAUUCUUGCGCUCUGCGCGCACCCGACGGACCUCCCCGAGGAGGACGCGGAGUCGAUCUCGGAUCACCUCCCUCCCCAGUACGAGCGCGGGGGGUACCGAGAUCUCUUCGCUGCGUCGGACGUGUCGCUACCGAUGUACGAGCAGGGCGCGUACGAAGGCCAGGAGAAGGCCGGGGGAUCUUCCAAGACGCGUGAGCAAGCAUCGGCGUCAGCCACGAACGCAACGGGCGGGAUGAGCGACAAGAUGCGGAUGGACCUUGAGGCGGUGGCUCUUGCGAUCGACAGGCUGUAUGCGGUCGCACCGCAGCUACACGACCAGCGGGUGGAGCUCAAGAAGAGCAAGCGCGAGCAGAUGGAGCGUGCGCGGAUGGCGGGGCCUUCGACUGAGGGCGAUCACUCCCGGGAACGCAGCGGGGAUAGCGUCAAGAGGAAGAUACGGCCGGGCAAGGAGCGCGAGCGGGAGGACCUCGAGCUCGAUAAGAUGCUCAUGCUGAUCGGGAAGAUGUCGGAGCGGAAGAUGGUGGACCAGUCGGUCGUGUUGGAUGGGGGUAUGAAGGCGAGGCUGGAGCAGGCGAAGCUCAAAGACAGAGAAAAGAGGGAGGCGUUCGUGGCUCGUCUUGUUCGACACUCCGACGCAGGACGACUGCACGGUCAAGAAGCCGCACCCAUGAGAAACAAACUCAAGGACCCACACGCCAUGCUUUCUCUCCCCGAAUUCAUGCGCGAGAGCGUCCCGGAAGGUAUGCGGCUCAAGAUGCAGAUGGAGGAUUCCCAUGCGAUGUUGUCUCUCCCCGAGUUCGUGCGCGAGCCCAUCCCAGAGAGCCUGCGACCCUCGCCACCUCCCACCGUCGUUUCCCGCAAGAAGAGCUUUAGAGGUCUCCGAAGCAGAAGUUUAUCGGCUCCUCCGCUUGCAUGGCUGCUUUCUACCUCACCUCGAUCUUCGUCACCCGCGACGCCCUCUACCCCUGAAGAGAAGGAGGAGAAAAAGGAGACCGAGAAGGGCAAGGAUCCAGAGAAGAGGAGAUCAAUAUUGAACAGAGCAAAACGGCCGGGAUCAUCAAGUGGCUUCACGCCGCCCCCAGUGAUCUUCCAAGCCGGCCUCGAUGUUCACUAUGUUGCGGAGUACCAUGAGACGCUACAGCACAUCCUCGUCUUCCUUGAUGUCCAUGGAAUGACUCCCGGCGCGAACCUCGAAGCCGAAGUUGUACCGGCUUCCGACUCCUCUGCUGGCCCCGGCGACGAGCGUAGCCGUCUUCUCCUCAAGUGCGGCGCCUCCACAUCUCCUCUCCUGGCGCUUCCCGCCGCGGUACCCCCAGGUGUCAAAGACGUGAAAGUCGUCGGGCAGUACUACGAGGUCAAGCUCACGGUCAACGCCGCGGCUUCCUCCCUCCUACCCCUCGACGCGCCGCCUGCCCUGCUUGAUGCCACGGAGCUGUCUGCCUCCCAUCCGAGCAGCUUCGUUUGUGCGAGCUGCUCGCUUCCCCUUGUGCGGUGUGCGGGGCUUCGCGAGUACCGUGAUCUGCCGUCGGAGCACUGGGCGGAGCUCGUAGACGCAUGGAUGUGCCACGCGGACCAAAAAUUGCACGAGCACGUCAAAACGCACUCUGUGCAGGGCUUUUGGCCUCGUGAGGGAGAGGCGCUAGUUGGGGGAAGCUACGUCCUGUUUGAGGAGAACGCGGUGGUGGGGUCCAAUCUCUGGCAUGAAGAGAGCGCGGAGAAGCAGCCGGAUGACGACUGGAGACGGACACGAUGCCUCUGCGGCGCUAUCAUCGGCCGCUGUCAACAGAGGCCAUUCGUUUCCGAGUCUGAAAAGGCGCCGAUGGUGUACCGCUUCGCCAAGUACGCAGUACGCCCGAUGAACGCCAACUCGGGUCCUUCGCGCUCGCCCCUGUCGGCGUUCAUCGCCGAGGACAUGAACGAGUUCGUCCACGCGCAUGCGACUUAUCGCUUCGUGUUCUUCGACGAGGAGGAAGAGCGACCUCGUAUUCUCAUGUGGCUCUUCAAGCCCGCGAUGCGCCUCGCGUACUCGGUCCCCAAGCAGUACGUGAUCCCCAAGAGCGGCUCGAUCCGCGCUGCCAAAGUGCUGUACAAGAUCCUGGACACCGUCUCGACAUACUCAGAUCUCAAUUCCGUCCUCACGCGGUAUCCUGGAUUCCCCCAGGCGGAGCACCUAUUCUAUCCGCGUGGCAUCUGCCGCCGACUCGGUGCGCUUCUCAAGGAGAGCACCACAGCAUACCCCGAGAACAUGCGCACCAUGACAGGCCUCGACGUUGGCUGGCUGCAGCGUGCUUGA